AUGUCAGGAAACCGAUUGAACGACAGAAACUCAAUCAAUAACUUCCCUCCACUCACACCCUCCACGCCGCGAAACCAUGAUUCAGGCGUGCCCAAUCCUAUGCUCUCCUCGCCAGGGACGCCACGAAGAGCCAAGAAGAAGACAAUGUAUAGCGACAGAUAUAUUCCAAGCAGAACAGGAGUCGAUCUCCAGGCAGCCUUCAGUCUGAACUCAGACACGGUCCAGUCAUUCUCCGCAGCAGAACACUCGAAUCGGGCGUCGGGGUCGAUCGUCGAAAACGAGAUCGAUUAUAUCCGCGAAGACGAGGCAAACAGGACGUUUGAUGCGGUGCUCAAGUCCGAGCUUUUCGGCGACAAUCUGCCAGCAACGUUCUCAAGCAGAAAAUCUCUGAACCCCAGCGCCACACAGACCAGCUCGAGCUCUGACCCUUCGCGAACCCAGAUCACGCCCCCGGGCUCCGACAAUCUAAGCCACUCGGGGUCCCAGCUCAAUCUCGAAGACGGUGUUCAGCACACCCCUCGCCAAUCUGGAAACAUCUUCACCUACCAAUCGCCUUCCAAAUCCCGCCCGGCAUCUUCCUCGUUGAACGUGCACAACGAGCUUUACUCGCUCAGUCCGGUGCGCGCAGACAGUCAGAAGAUGCUUCUGUCGCCGCAAAAAAAGCCCCGGUCAAUAUCUAAAGUGCCCUAUCGAGUGCUAGACGCCCCAGAGCUUGCAGACGACUUCUACCUCAAUCUUGUCGAUUGGGGCUCCCAGGAUGUUUUGGGAGUUGGCCUAGGCUCCUGCGUGUACUUGUGGGACGCUUCCAGCGGAUCUGUGAACCGUUUGUGCGAUCUGGGCUCCAACGACACUAUAACCAGUCUGUCCUGGAUCGGAGCAGGCACCCAUCUGGCCAUUGGAACGAGCUCGGGACUAGUGGAGAUUUGGGACGCCACGAUGGGCAGAUGCACGCGUACAAUGACAGGUCAUUCGUCGCGGGCGUCUUCAUUGGCCUGGAACCAGCAUAUACUGACUUCUGGAUCACGAGACAGGUCCAUUCUACAUCGAGACGUGCGAGAUCCGUCUCACUAUAUCAAGAGGCUCGAAAGACACAAACAGGAGGUGUGUGGAUUGAGAUGGAACAUCGAGGAAAACAAACUGGCCUCGGGAGGCAACGACAACAAGCUUCUCGUUUGGGAAGGCAUGAACGAAGAGCCCCUUUUCAGAUUCACCGAGCACCAGGCUGCAGUCAAGGCGAUUUCUUGGUCGCCUCACCAGCGAGGAAUUCUUGCCUCCGGAGGAGGAACUGCAGAUAGGAGGAUCAAGAUCUGGAAUACCAUCACAGGAUUGAAAACCAACGAUGUGGAUACGGGCUCGCAAGUCUGCAAUUUGGCGUGGUCAAAGAACUCAAACGAGAUCGUUUCCACGCACGGCUACUCCAGGAACCAGAUAGUGAUCUGGAAAUAUAAUACGAUGCAGCAGAUCGCGUCUUUGACCGGACAUACCUACCGAGUCCUAUAUCUGGCCAUGUCUCCAGAUGGCCAGACCAUUGUCACCGGCGCGGGGGACGAGACUUUGAGGUUCUGGAACGUGUUUGAGAAGAACAAAAAUGAUACUGGUCCUUCAUCCGUUCUUCUCGACGCUUUCAUGCAACUCAGAUGA